GCAGUUCCAGCUCAACACACCCUCGCAUACGAAGACAAAAAGAAAUCGGGAGGUGAAAAGAAUCUGCCCAGCUCCUCUCUUGCUCAGACUUUCUUUUCUCUCAGAAUUAAACUCGAACUUUCUUGACUAGUAUUUAACAACCUCAAGUUUUCUACUUCGUACUGUACAUACUCGAGUACUUUCCUAUCCCGUCAACUUUGGUGAAUGACAUCAUCACCCAUCGGCCAUGGCGCGCAACUCCAACCAGAACGAACAACAACCAUCCUCAGCGGCGACGACAGGAGCAAACGAACUCGGAGCAGCGCAUGUGCGCUUUUCCAAGCGACUGGUCGUCUCGUAUAUCCUUGACUGGAUACUUAUCAUUGGUAUCGCACUUAUUGGCUAUGGAUUCGGUCGUGUCUCUCCCAAUCAGAGGCCAUUUUCCCUCACGGAUCCAAGCAUCUCCUUCCCCCACAGAGACCAUGAUACCGUAUCGGUCAGUGUGGUGGCGGUGGUCGCCUUAAUUGUCCCGGCCGUGAUCAUCGUCCUCGGGGCGCUGCUAUGGGAGUGGAAUGCCGGAUGGCUGGGCCUGGGUAUAUCGCUUGCGGGGGCCUAUAUGGCGACCGAGGGGCUGAAGGAUCUGUUUGGGAAACCACGACCGGAUAUGCUCGCGCGAUGCGAUCCGGAUCUCUCGAAGAUCGGCAACUUCGCUGUCAGCGGCCUGGGAUCCAGACUCGAUGGAGCCCCUACACUGGUCACGUGGGAGAUCUGUCGAAAUCAAGCGCGCGAGUUGGCUGUUGAUGGCUUUUCGAGUUUCCCCAGUGGGCAUUCUUCUUUCGCAUUUGGCGGAUUGACGUAUCUGACUCUAUGGCUUUGUGCUAAACUGUCCAUCGGAUUUCCUUACCUCGCUCAUUCACCGCUUAGCCAGGAUUUGCAGAGACAGGAGCGUAGCACCAUUCGAAGGCAGGGAGCAGCCCCGCCGGUUUACCUGCUCAUCAUAGUCUUCGUGCCCAUAGCGGUGGCGUUCUUCAUAGCUGCCUCACGGUGGUUUGACUACCGCCACCAUGGAUUUGACAUCAUUUUUGGAUCAGUCAUGGGGAUCGUCUUCGCCUGGAUCGGUUUUCGCCUUUACCAGCUUCCCGUGAUGCGCGGCGCAGGCUGGUCUUGGGGGGCGAGGGACAGUAGCCAUGCUUUCUUCCGAAGCGUGGGACUGCCGAGCCAUGUCUGCGCAGACAACUGGGCAACCGCUAAAUAUGCACCGCCAGUGAGAGCAGAGACCAGGGAUCAAGAUAUUGACCUCGAGAGUGGCCGUAAAGCAGCAAGGGAGUAGGAUCCCUACAUCUUAACCAGAUAACAGCGUGUAUCAGGCCAGUGGAAGAUGUGACAAUGCAGGAGUCAUUUGGAAGAUUGCUGUAGGCCAUGGUGUUGUCUUCUGGCGCCCUCACCCUUUUCCCCGUACGCUUAGCAAUGGGAAACGCAUCCCGUCCCGAGGUCAUCAGGGACCCAAUAAUAACCCAGCGUAGUGAAUCCUUGAUUCCAACGGACCGCUUCCAUCACCUCCAUCCUCCUACCCGUCCCUC